UGUCAAAACACUUAUUGUGAUUGAAACACACACAAGCAAAUAAGGUUUGACAUUUCGUCUGGUAUGGUGGUGUAAUGCCAUGGGCUGGCUGUCAAAAAAUUCUUUCUUAAAACUUGUGGAUAACUAAAAAAAGAUUGCAUUCACCCAAUUCUAUAUUAUUUUGGACAAAUUUCUCGCCAUUUCAACAGUGAUAAAAUGCAGUUACGGGCGAGUUUGCGGACGUUAAGGAGCACUUGGCAGAGUUCUCCUCCGGGUUUGGUGCGGCGUUUCUUUGCAACAGAAACGUCAACUGAUGAAAUUGGAGGUGGCACAGGCAUAGGGAAUAUUACCGGUGCUUUGCGUAAAAACGAAGGAGGUCUAUACACCGUGAACGAACCUUCGACGAAGGUGGUGACAAAACUGCCUCCAUUGACACAACCGUUCAAUAAAGGCAAUGUUGAAUAUGAAUAUGCAAAGCCUUUGGAGGAGGGCUCCACUACUAAGGUAACGGUACUAAAAAACGGUUUGAGGGUGGCCUCGGAACCUCGGUUUGGCCAGUUCUGUACAGUUGGAUUGGUAAUUGAUUCCGGUCCACGUUAUGAAGUGACAUAUCCCAGUGGAGUUUCACAUUUCCUCGAAAAAUUGGCUUUCAAUUCUACAACAAAUUUCCCCAACAAAGAUGCUAUAUUAAAAGAACUGGAGAAAAAUGGUGGUAUCUGCGAUUGCCAGAGUUCCCGGGACACAUUAAUAUAUGCGGCAAGUAUCGAUAGUCGUGCAAUUGAAUCUGUGACACGCCUUUUGGCGGAUGUGACUCUGAGGCCAACGUUGCAUGAGGAUGAGGUAUUGUUGGCACGACGAACGAUUCAAUUUGAACUAGAAACUUUGGGAAUGCGUCCUGAGCAAGAACCCAUAUUGAUGGACAUGAUCCAUGCUGCAGCUUAUCGCGAGAACACUUUGGGUCUGCCUAAGUUGUGCCCACCACAAAAUUUGGAUUCGAUUAAUCGAGAUGUUUUGAUGAACUAUUUAAAGUAUCAUCACACACCCGAACGAAUGGUAAUCGCCGGUGUAGGGGUCAACCAUGACGAACUGGUACGUCAUGUAGAACAAUAUUUCAUUGAAAACGCAGCUAUUUGGGAUAAUGAGGAAAUUAGAACCACAGGAGCUCAAGCGGUGGAUAAAUCUGUGGCUCAAUACACGGGGGGAUUGCGGAAAGAAGAGUGUGAGAUACCAAUAUAUGCUGCAGCCGGUUUACCGGAACUUGCUCACGUGGUCAUUGGCCUCGAGGGCUGUUCUCAUCAGGAUCCGGAUUUUGUUGCCCUAUGUGUGCUAAAUAUAAUGAUGGGUGGUGGAGGCUCUUUUUCUGCGGGUGGACCGGGAAAAGGCAUGUAUUCACGACUAUACACCAACGUUUUGAAUAGGUAUCACUGGAUGUACAGCGCCACAGCCUAUAAUCAUGCAUAUGCCGACACCGGUCUGUUCUGUAUACAUGCAAGUGCCCCGCCCACAAACGUCAGAGACAUGACCGAAGUCGUAACACGUGAAUUGGUUCACAUGACAUCCAAUCCAGGAAGAGAGGAACUUAGUCGCUCAAAGAUUCAACUUCAGUCUAUGUUGUUAAUGAACCUGGAAUCGAGACCAGUGGUAUUUGAAGACGUUGGUCGACAAGUUCUGGCAACUGGUCAUAGAAAACGUCCAGAGCACUUUAUCAACGAAAUCGAUAAAAUAACGGCAGCGGACAUUCAAAGGGUUGCAAAGAGACUGCUGAGUUCCCCUGUGUCGAUGGCAGCUCGUGGCGAUAUCAGUGGUUUGCCAGAUAUUAAAGAAGUUCAAAACGCUUUACACCGAGACGGUCGUAUAUCCAGUCGCAGACUUUCAAUUUUCAAAUAAAACCAAUGAAUUAAGCUAUGGUGUAUUUCACUUUUAAAAAGUGUCAUAGCUGUAAACGAGUUGAUGUAAUUUGGCCUAUUUCGAUAAUGAAAUAAAUUAUUUAGUGUUUUCUAGGUUUAUUUAAACUUUAA